AUGUUGUCUUCCAUGUUUUACACAAGUCAUCAUCUACCGCUAGACAACUACUUUCCCCUGCUGAACGACUUAACCUUUUUCUGCAACCGGGAGGACUCCAAUACCAUUCCUGGUACUACUAAUAAAAUCAGGAGUGCAAGCAGAAGCGACGGCGUAAGCAUCAACACCUCCUCAACAGGUAUUGGCCAGCAUCCGCCUCGACAUCAAAUAAAGAAACGCAGAAGCAGAAGCAGGAGCAUCAGCAGCAACAAUAUACAUCGCAAAACCUGCCAUCGGGCACCAGGUCUUCCUACCCCCGAAACCAACACUUGCAUCAAUGACGCACUCUUCAACCGUCUGCCCCGUGGUGAAUCAGCCAACGGCCUCCACCUAGUCAUGAAAAAUGAGGUCUCAUAUUGUUUCGGACCUGUAGGGAACGCCACGGAUGAGAGAAGAGAUGAUGUGGUAGAGAUUGUUGAGAUAAGAAGAGGGAAUAUGAGCAGAUUGGUCAUAGGGCAGGUGAGAAUGUAUCCGAAGAGGAGGGUGGAGGGAAGGGGUAUUGGUGAGAUUGAGAGGGGGGCGGGUGUUGGGAAAGGGGACCAGGGAGUGGAGGACAGGGAUUUGACUGAGUUAGACGAGAUGGUAAAGGGGAGGGGGGAGGAAGAGGCAAAGAUGACGGAAGAAGAGGAAGAGGAAAAGGACUUGGUUAGAGUUGUGUGUUGA